CUGAAGUUCAGCAAAGUUAGAUCUACGGCUGCUGUUCUCUCAUUACUCUGGAAACACAUUUUUUCUUUCUUUCUUUUUUUUUUGCCACUGGAUUAUAUUGGUUUUACUUCAUUUUUACAAAAAAAGGAAUUGAUGACUCCCAAGGGACAUAGGGUGACUACAAACUGGAAAGAUCUUUAGAUCACACAAGAUCAUCUUUAGAAGAAUUCUACAAGAGAAAAAGAUCAGCUAGCCAAUACUGUUAGCCAAGCCAAAGGAGGGGGGUGAGGAGCUGGAAACUUUCUUCUGCAAAAGUAAUCAUUGUGAUCUUGCAGGGAAUUAAUUUUGGAAUGUCUGAUGGUUGUAACAGAAAAGCUGCACAGAUGCAGUGAAUACAAUGGCUAGAUGUGAGUGUCCACUACAUCUAGGAAAGUAAAACAAAUACAAUACUGAUUUCUAAUUCUUUGGAUAUACUUGAAAUUCUUCUUCUCCUACUCUGGUGGAUUCUAUGAAGUUCUGCACAGGAGAUGGGGUUCCAGGCUGUAUUUGGGAUUCCUACAUUGCUGCUGUGGAUGUUGGCACAUUAUUACUGUGAGGGACUGCAGUGUCGAGGCGUAAACGAACCAUGUUUAAAUGAGGGAAAAUGUAUCACAGAUGACAACGGCUCGGCUUACUGCAGAUGUCCAGAAGCGUAUGUGGGUGAAUACUGCCAGCAGGAAAAUCCAUGCAGAUCUAUUACUUGUCACAAUGGAGGAACCUGCUCUGCUGACCCGUCUAAAGGCGUGUGUACCUGCUCCCCGGGAUACACUGGCGAAGACUGCAGAUAUCCGACAGCUAGCAUCUGCUCGACAACAGAACCUUGUUUGAAUGGGGGGACCUGUCACUUGCUUACAUUAGAAACCUAUGAAUGUACUUGUCUUGUUGGAUGGAGAGGGAAAAACUGCCAAUGGAUUGAUGCUUGUUCAUCUCAGCCAUGUGACAAUGGAAGCAUUUGUGUCCCCAAUGAAAACCAAUAUUCCUGCACCUGUACAGAUGGUUAUAAAGGACCCAAGUGUGACGUUGAUAUAAACGAGUGUGAAGUGACUGGGCUGUGCAAACAUGGAGGAACCUGUGAAAAUCUACUUGGCUCCUACAGAUGUAAUUGUCAGCCAGGUUACACUGGACAGCAGUGCGAGAGACAGUUUGCCCCUUGCUUUCCGUCACCUUGCAUGAAUGGUGGCACGUGCCGGCAGACAAGUGAUUUUGAUUAUGAGUGCAACUGCCUUCCAGGGUUUGAUGGAAAAAACUGUGAUAUCAAUAUAGAUGACUGCCCCAGCCAUAGGUGCCAGAAUGGAGGAACUUGUGUAGAUGGGGUGAAUACUUACAACUGCAGAUGCCUUCCAGAGUGGACAGGUCAGUUCUGCACAGAGGAUGUGGACGAGUGCCAACUGCAACCCAACGCCUGCCAGAACGGUGGCACGUGCACAAAUAGUAAUGGUGGCUACAACUGUGUCUGUGUCAAUGGCUGGAUUGGUGAUGACUGCAGUGAGAACAUUGAUGACUGCGCCUCGGCAGGGUGCGCCAAUGGGUCCACUUGUGUUGACCGAGUGGCAUCAUUUGUGUGCAUGUGCCCAAUAGGAAAGAUUGGUCUCAUGUGUCACAUAGAUGAUGCCUGCAUAAGUAACCCAUGUCACAAGGGAUCCUUAUGUGACACCAAUCCUCUAACUGGACAGGCCAUCUGCACAUGUCCUAAUGGAUACAAAGGCGCUGCCUGCACAGAAGACAUUGAUGAAUGUUCUUUAGUUAACAGCAACCCUUGUGAACAUGCCGGAACUUGCGUUAACACAGAAGGUUCCUUUUACUGUCAGUGCUCAAAGGGUUACAGUGGUCCUCGCUGUGAAAUGGACAUUAAUGAGUGCCUUUCUGUACCGUGCCAAAACGAGGCCACCUGCCUGGACAAAAUUGGUGGCUUCACGUGUUUGUGUAUGCCAGGUUACACAGGAAUACACUGUGAAACUGAAAUUGAUGAGUGCCUGAGCAAUCCUUGCUUGAACAAUGGAAAAUGUUUGGACAGAGUCAACGGCUUCACGUGUGAUUGCCCCCCAGGAUUUACUGGGCCUGUAUGUCAAAUUGAUAUCGAUGACUGCGCUAGCACACCAUGUCUGAAUGGCGCCAAAUGCUUUGAUCAUCCAAGUGGCUAUAACUGCAUAUGUGCAACAGGGUUUACUGGUACUUUGUGUGAGAAGAAUAUAAACGACUGUGACCCAGAUCCCUGUCACCAUGGAACCUGCAUAGACGGAAUUGAUUCUUUCACGUGCGUUUGCCAACCUGGAUAUAAGGGCCCUAUAUGUGGAGAACAAAUAGACGAGUGUCUCAGUAAUCCGUGUCUGAACAAUGGCCGCUGUAUAGACCUAGUCAAUAAUUACCAAUGUAACUGCCUACCAGGAACAUCAGGAUCAAGAUGUGAAAAGAAUUUUGAUGACUGUGCUAGCAAUCCGUGUCCUUAUGGGAAAUGUGUGGACUUAAUAAACAGCUAUGACUGUGUUUGCCCUCCAGGAUUUACAGGCACAGAGUGUAGAGAUGACAUUAAUGAAUGCGCUUCCAGCCCAUGUCAUAAUGGAGGAACCUGUGUGAACGAGGUGAACAAAUUUCGUUGUAUCUGUCCAGAAGGAUUCCGUCAGCCCAGCUGUUUAUCGCAGGUGGACGAGUGUGUCAAUAACCCGUGCAUCCACGGCAUUUGCACCGAUGAUGUCAAUGGAUACAAGUGUUUGUGUGAGUCAGGGUGGACUGGAAAAAAAUGUGAAGUUGAUAAGGAUGAGUGCCUAUCAAAUCCAUGCCAGAACGGAGGGACCUGUGACAAUCUGGUGAAUGGAUACAGAUGUUCUUGCAAAAAAGGCUUUAAAGGUAAUAAUUGUCAAAUUAACAUUGAUGAGUGUGCAUCAAAUCCGUGUUUAAAUUAUGGGACCUGCACCGACUCUAUAAAUGGCUUCACAUGUCAGUGCACACUGCCCUUCACAGGUACCAACUGCCAAAAUGUCCUUACCCCCUGCUCUCCUGAUCCAUGCCAGAACGGUGGAGUUUGCCAGGAAUCGGAAGAUUUUAAAAGCUUUACGUGUCUGUGUGCACCUGGUUGGAAAGGUCAAAGAUGUGCCAAUGAUAUUGAUGAAUGCGAUGCCAACCCCUGCAAAAAUAAUGGCCGCUGCUUUAAUACCAAAGGCGGGUACAUUUGUGAAUGUAAUGAAGGAUUUAAUGGCAUCAACUGUGAAAAUGACAUUGACGAUUGUGUCUCUAACCCAUGUCAGAAUGGAGCGUCCUGUAUAGAUGAUGUAAACUCUUUCUCCUGUACCUGCCUUCCGGGUUUUAAUGGAGACAAGUGCCAAAAGGAUGUAGAUGAGUGUCUAAGCAACCCCUGCAAAAAUGGAGGUUCUUGCACAGACUAUGUGAAUAGCUACACGUGCAAGUGUCUUCCAGGAUUUGAUGGAAUCCACUGUGAAAACAACAUUGAUGAAUGCACAGAAAGUUCCUGUUUUAAUGGUGCAACCUGUGUGGAUGGAAUAAACGCAUUCACAUGCCAAUGCCCUCAAGGGUUUACGGGAUCUUUCUGCCUUUUUGAGAUUAAUGAGUGCGGUUCACAGCCUUGUAUGAAUGGUGGAACCUGCGUGGAUGGGCUUGGAACCUACCAUUGCAUGUGUCCAGUUGGCUACAAAGGCAAAAGCUGUGAGAACUUGGUUGACCUUUGCAUUGGUGUGCCAUGUAAAAACAGUGGAGUCUGUAAGCAAAUAAAAACAGAAUCCAAGUGUCACUGUCAAACAGGAUGGACUGGGAUUUACUGUGACAUCCCAGAUGUAUCGUGUGAAGUGGCUGCUUCUCGGAGAGGUGUGACCAAAGAAGCUUUAUGUCAGCACUCUGGAACCUGUGUUAACACUGGGAAUACUCACCGCUGUCAGUGCAAACAAGGUUAUACUGGGAGCUACUGUGAACAGGAGCUGGAUGAGUGUGCGUCCAACCCAUGCCGCAACUCAGGCGCUUGUGUGGAUCGUCAUGGAGGAUAUGAAUGCAAGUGUCUGCCUGGUUACCAAGGCGUCAACUGUGAAUAUGAAAUAGAUGAAUGUCAUAUCCAGCCUUGUUUGAAUGGUGGGACCUGUGUGGACCUCGUGAAUCAUUUCCGAUGUUCCUGUCCUCCAGGGACAAGAGGUCUUCUUUGUGAGGAGAAUGUUGAUGACUGUGCACCAAACACAGAGGGACCGCACUGCUUUAAUGGGGGCAAGUGCAUUGAUCGAAUAGGAGGAUUCAGCUGCGAAUGUCUCCCUGGCUUUGAAGGCGAGAGAUGCGAAGGAGAUGUGAACGAGUGCCUGUCUAAUCCUUGUAAUGCGCAGGGUAGCUUGGACUGCAUUCAGCUGGCCAACAAUUACCAAUGCAAAUGUAGAAAUGGUUUCACAGGUCGUCACUGUGAGAGUAUACUGGAUUUGUGCCCAAGUCGACCUUGUCAAAAUGGUGGGACGUGCGCUGUUGCAGUGAACAUGCCAGAUGGAUUCACUUGCCAAUGUCCACCUGGCUUCUUUGGCUUCAAAUGCCAAUAUAGCAACAGCACAUGUGGGCAGUAUAAGUGCAGAGCUGGGGAAUACUGCACCAUGACUUCUUCUGGUCCCCGAUGUCAGUGCAACACCGGACCUGCUGGGUAUCCAUGCCAAAACAAUGUGGGCUGUGCCACUAAACCUUGUAAAAAUAAUGGGGUUUGCCAGAAAAAAGAUCAACCUCCUUACUACAUCUGUGAAUGUCAUAUGCCGUAUGUAGGAAUGCACUGCGAAAUUUACAUCCCCCCAGUUCAGGAACCUCAGAGUUGUCCCAUCCCUAGAUGCAAGGAGAAAGCGGGAGAUGCCUAUUGUGAUCCAGAAUGCAACAGGCACGACUGCUUCUGGGAUGGUGGCGAUUGCUCCCUGACCAUGGGAGACCCCUGGGCCAAUUGCUCUUCUUCUCUUACAUGUUGGGAAUAUUUCAAUGGUCAUUGUGACGAGAUGUGCAAUACCCCAGAAUGCCUUUACGACAACUUUGAGUGCCAAAAAAAAGAACCGACCUGCAAGUAUGAUAAAUAUUGUGCGGAUCAUUAUGCCGAUGGACGCUGUGAUAAAGGAUGUAACAAUAAGGAAUGUCACUGGGACGGACUUGAUUGCUCCACCGACAAAUCUGAAAAUCUCGCUACGGGCACGCUUGUUAUCGUUGUGCUAAUGCCACCUGAAGAUCUGCUAAGAGAUGCUCGCAAUUUUCUCAGGACCUUAAGCAGCAUCCUUCACACAAAUGUGAGGAUCAAGAAAAACCCUGAUGGGAGUCCAAUUGUAUUUCCGUAUUAUCGUUCAGAACAUGUAGGGUCACGUCGACGUAGAAGAUCACUCCACCUCAUACGGAUACCCAGGGAGCUUGACAGAGAAGUGAUUGGCUCAAAAGUAUAUCUUGAGAUUGAUAACCAGCAAUGUAUCCAGGAUUCAGAUCAGUGCUUUACAGAUACAGAUUCUGCAGCCGCCCUGUUAGCUGCACAUGCCGUGCACGGUACCCUCUCUUACCCUUUGGUUUCUGUGGAAAGUGAAAAACAAAGUCCAUCAUCUUCAACAUUUAUGUACCUGUUGCCAAUAGGAUUGGUUAUUAUCAUUGCUAUCCUCCUAUUGAUGGUUGUUUUGGCCAAAAAAAAGAGGAAACAUGGUACCCUUUGGUUCCCAGAGGGAUUCAUCCUCCGCAAAGACUCUAGCAACCAGAAGCGCAGGGAGCCUGUUGGCCAAGAUGAUGUUGAUUUGAAAACUCUGUCUGUGCCGAGAAUUGAUAGUACUUUGCUGGAUCCCAAUCAGAAUGAUCAUUGGCCGGAUGAUAGAGGACCCCAGGCAAAGAAGUCCAAGUCUGAAGGUCAGGCACUCCUCCCGGGAGUAGACGAUCAAGUUGACUGUCGCCAGUGGACACAGCAACACCUGGUGGCUGCAGAUAUUCGUCCAACGUCAUCAUUGGCACUUACACCUCCUCAGGCUGAGAAGGAUGUGAAUGUCAUGGAUGUGAAUGUACGAGGUCCAGAUGGAUGUACACCACUGAUGUUGGCGUCUCUACGGGUGGGAAAUUCUGAGAUACUUGAAGAUGAGGAUGAGGCAGAGGAUCCUGCAGCCAGUGUUAUAACAGACUUGAUUUAUCAGGGAGCCUGUUUGCAGGCUCAGACAGACCGCUCUGGAGAGACGGCUCUACACCUGGCAGCUAGGUAUUCGAGGGCUGAUGCAGCCAAACGCUUGUUGGAUGCUGGAGCUGAUGCCAAUGCGCAAGAUAGCAUGGGACGAACACCGCUUCAUGCAGCAGUUUCAGCAGACGCUCAAGGAGUCUUUCAGAUUUUGAUCCGUAAUAGAGUCACAGAUCUUGAUGCAAGAAUGAACGAUGGGACAACACCUCUUGUUUUAGCUGCUCGACUUGCAGUAGAAGGGAUGGUUGCAGACUUGAUAAACUGCCAGGCAGAUGUUAAUGCAGUAGAUGACCAUGGCAAAUCCGCUCUACACUGGGCUGCCGCAGUGAAUAAUGUUGAAGCUACGAUAGUUCUGUUAAAGAAUGGAGCCAACCGGGACAUGCAAGAUAAUAAGGAAGAGACACCAUUGUUUCUUGCUGCCCGAGAAGGAAGUUUUGAAACAGCCAAAUUGCUUCUGGAUUAUUUUGCAAAUAGAGAAAUAACUGACCAUAUGGACCGUCUUCCCCGUGACAUUGCCAAGGAACGGAUGCAUCAUGACAUAGUACGUCUGUUGGAUGAGUAUAACUUGGUUCACAGCCCACAAGGACAACCUGGUACAAUGCUUUCCAAUUCCCUUUCACCAGUUGUCUGUGGUAACAACAGAUCACUUAUAAAUCUGAAAAAUGCUGGGCAAGCCAAGAAGCCUAGAAGACCAAGUGCCAAAAGUGUUAUACCACGUAGUCUUCCUAAUCUAGCCAAAGAACCAAAAGAUACAAAAAACAGGAGAAGGAAGAAAUCAGAGUCUGAAUGUAAAGGACAGCUUUCUGAGAGUUCAGUCACAUUAUCACCUGUAGAUUCACUUGAAUCUCCUCAUGCUACAUCAUCUCCUGGUGUUCUACACCAAUCACCUGGUCAAAUGCUUUCAACAUCAAUUCAACGACCACAGCACACAAUGUCUUUGUCUAAUCUUCAGCCUGUUACUUGUACAGCCAACAACAUGCUUCCUUCAGUUGGUCAAAUUUUUUCGCAAACAGGCCAAAAUAAUAUGCUUGGUGGGCAAAGGCAAAUAAAUGUGUCAUCUGGUUGGUUAAGUCGCAUGGAAAGGAAUGACUCUCAGUAUAAUGAUAUGUUUGGUAUAGUCCACCAAGACACAAAUAACCACUCAAGUAUUCCUCAGCAGAAUGGUAUGGUCCAACAAGAUGUGAAGCCUGCAUUACAUAUGGCCGUUGCAAGGGACACCUUGCCACCGAUUAUGACAUUUCAACUUAUUCCAAAGAGUGGAAUGAAUCAGCAGGGCAACAUUCAAGCACUUGUUCAGCAGGCACAAUCAAAUCAUGUUCAGAAUUUAAGCAACAUGUAUCAAAUACCAGAUUUAUCACGUUUGACAGGUUCCUCUGUGCCUAUAGCAAUGAUGCAUCAGCAUGAUGGACAGUUACCUCAAACUAUGCUGACGUCUUAUCAUCAGCUUCAAAACCCUAUGGGAAAAUAUCCAACUCCACCAUCUCAGCAUAGUUACACCUCUGCUGAAAAAACACCAAACCAUAAUGGACAUUUACAUAGAGAGCAUCCAUAUCUGACGCCUUCGCCAGAAUCUCCAGAUCAGUGGUCCAGCUCUUCUCCAAAUUCUGCUUCUGAUUGGUCAGAUGUGACAACAAGUCCCACCCCUAAUGGUGGUCAAAGAAUGGCUACUACUCACAUGUCAGAGCAAACGCACAACAGCAUGCAAGUUUAUGCAUAACUAACAGUUCUUAUACCAUGCAUAUUAUGAACAAAUGAAGGUUAAUAUGAAAAGUGAAGACUUUUGAUACGUUGGUACUGACAAAUUUAACUGUCAAUAUAUAUUUUUAUGACAUAAGACAUUCGUUGGGUCUGGGAAGAUGACAUUUUAUGGGUAGCGGCAUUAACCUUUGUAACAAAAUAUAAGCGUUCCAUAUAUUGAAAGCUCUGGAAACUAGAGCUUGUGAAACUUACUGCACAAAACAAUAUACAUUUAUCAGAAGCUGUUGUGUCAUUCCUCUUAAACUUAAAGAAGUCUAAAUCUGUGCUCUGUUCUGUAAAUGUUUAUAAUAGUUAAGACAAGGACGAUGAUAUCACUGCCCUAAGGGUGCAAAAACUGUUAUAAGCUUGACUAAGUAAUAAUAGUAGAAGGAACUGAUUUAUUCCUGUCUGUGUAUAUAAAGAAAAUUAUAAUGUGCUAUAAUCCUUAUUUAUCCCAAGCCUCAGAAGAGUAUGUGUUUGUCUACACUUAUAUAACCGUAUAUGCAAACAGAAAUGGACUUAAAAUAUAUGUAGGGAAUUUACUUCUGUUCAUCCAAAUUAAAAACUUUGUUGAGAAUUCAUGCAAUUCAUUUACAGUUUGGAGAAAUAUUUACAAAAUAACUUUUGCAAUACUUUUAAAUAUUUUGUAAAAAUAAUAUGAACUAUAACCGCUGUUGAUAAAUAUAACAAAAUCAUUUUCGGCUUUGUCAAUAUGAGAUGUUAGUUAUAGUGUAUAUUAAAAAUUUCAGUCAAAUCAGAAUAAAUACGUUGGUUUCCCAAUGGGAUUCUUUCAAACCAAUUUUUCAAAAAAUAUUACUACAAAUGUACCCCGCCCCUUAAUUACUUUAUGACUGUUACACUUGACCUUUUUUUUUUUCUUUAAUUAUUUAUUUGAAGAUAUUAUACAUGUACAAGACCACAAAAAUACCUCACAAGUAUCGCAGAAAAAAAGACAAUUUUAAUUUAUUCAAAUUUGAUGAGUGGCAUGAAAGGCUACAAAAUACAGUGAAAUGUUUAUGUUGUCCGAUAUUAGAGUCAUUGGACUUAUUAGUAUAUAAAUUUGGGACCCACUAAAGUUUUAAAUUGUACAUUAAAAUAAAGUUUUCUGUAUUUUAAACACAGUGCAUUAUAGGUACAUGGUGCUCAAAAUAUUUAUUUAUCCCAACUAAAAGAUUAUUUAAAAAAUGAAUUACAUUGUUUUUUUUUUUUUUAAAAAAAAAAAGGCUAUUUCAGAGCUAAUCAGCCAAAUUUAUUCUUGUAAAAUUGCAACACACUAAGAUCUGGAUUUGCACCGACCAUAGUGUGUUUGUACUUUCACAAGAAUAAAUCAAGUUCAGAAAAUUGACGAAUGAGGCCUGAAAUAGCCGAAAUCACAUAUCUAGAAUUUGGACGUAUCACAAUGGAUUUGGAACUAUUGCACUGGACACUAGAGAAAUGUCAAAUGAAUUAAAACCUCCGUGCUUUUCUUAUUAAAACAAAUAUUGAUGCUUGAAUCUAAAAUUAAAAUCUGAUGUAUAGUCUAAUAUUGUAGGGAGGUUGGCAGAAAAUACAUUGCUCUGAAAUUACAGCGUAGUUUAUUUCUGCUAAAAACAUUUGAGGGACUUAUUGGUCAAAAUUAAAAUGUGCAUGAGGGCAUUUCAGUGUUUAAUAGCUGAAUUUUCAUAAUUUAAUUAGCAAACAUAACUAGCAAAAACAAUCACUGUUGCAGGAGCAUAUGCAUGUAGGCUUUGCAUGCCGUGCACCAGCUUUUAAAUACAGAGGCUGCUCGGAGAACAGGUAGUGUCUGGUAUGGUACUGAGUAACUCAUUGACACAUAGAUGCCACUUGUUCUGUGAGCUGGUACAGUGUUUUAAUGAUGGUGUACGGGGCACGCACAGCAUAUGUGCAUAUGCCACUGAAACUGUGAUAGCUGUUACAAAAAACAUCAGUGUACAUGAUUCACACAGAGCAUACAAUUUUUCAAAAGUUUCAAAUUUACUUCUGUUAUCAAAUUUGUUUUGCUCCCAUGGUAUUAUUUGUUGAAGAGAUACCCAGGUAGGUGUCUGGAGGACUACAGUAGCAGGAACUAAUGCUACCACCUAGGGCUCUUGCAAAUGGAUAACAUGCUUGCAAAACUGCCUCCAUAUAGUGAUCUAGAAACAUGCACGCUCCCGAGCGUACCUCCUUGAUUUUCAUUAAAAGAUACCAAGAGAACAAAGAAAAUGUCAUAAUAGACAUAAAUUAGAAAGUUGUUUUUUUUUAAACUGCACGCUCUAUCUGAAUCAUGAAAGAAAAAUUUUGGGUUUCAACUCCUGUUAAUGUUUAACUCCAACCAGGGAUAUACAGAAAAAUCCAAAUUUAUGUUUGGCUUUAUCAUAGUUCAUAGACCACUAAAAUCUUUUUAGUUAUUUUUGUACAAACAAAAUAGCAUUUUUUAAUAAUUAAAUAAAACUUUUACAUUUUUUAAGUAGGUUUCUUAAACAGCACUUUAUGUGUUUUAUUGUCUAGAUACAUGUAUACAUUUUUACCAUUCAUUUCUGCAGCUAAUUUGUUUUGAUGUCGAUGUACAAAAUUGUACUUUGUAUAUUUUAAUUUGUUAAAAAAACAGUCAAUUAAACACCAGUGGUAGAGGGCUGAUAAGCUAGAAACAGCAAAUUUAUCAUUUCAACAGGAUGUAAACUUUUCAGGAAAAUCUAAAAAUCUAAAAUACAUUGUUAAAACUUUAGCAGGUCACUAGAACUUAAAAGGGCAGGAAACCCCACAAUUUUCUUUCAUUAUUUGCAUAGAACAUACAAAUUUAAACAACUUUCCAAUUUACUUCUAUUAUCACAUUUAAUUUAUUCUCUUGUUAUCCUUUGCUGAAAAAAACAGCUUUGCACUACUGGCAGCUAGCUGAACACAUCUAGUUAACCAAUCACAAGAGACAAAUGUGUGCAGGCACCAAUCAGCAGCUAGUUCCCACUAGUGUUGGAUAUGUGCAUAUUCUUUGUCCACAAGGGAUACCAAGAGAACGAAGCACAUUUAAAAAUAGAAGUCAAUUUAAAAGUGUCUUAAAAUUACAUGCUCUAUCUGAAUUCUGCAAGUUUACUUUGGAUUUUCCUAUCCCUUUAAAUCCUCAACAAGAGUGCAUUUUCAUAGCACAGGAUUGUGACUGGUUACUUAGAGUCGAAUUACCUCAAGCUCUCCUCUCUAGUAAGGUGACCUAAGAAGUCUUAUCAGUAUGGCGAGGUCCCUCAAAUAAUUUUUGAAACUUAAAGGGCCAUGAUACCCAAAUGUUGAAACACUUGAAAGUGAUGCAGCAUAGCUGUAAAAAGCUGACUAGAAAAUAUCACCUGAACAUCUGUAUGUAAAAAAGAAAGAUAUUUUACCUCAAAAUGUCCUAAGUAUUCACACCCCAUUGCAAAGGACUUUAAGCAGCAACUCAGUAUGUCUGUCCUGGGACCGGCAAGGGAGUGAGCCUCAUGCACACUCAUGUUAUUUCCCUAUUUAGUUUAAGGAAGUUUACUAUGAAAUUUCAUGAGAGUUAAGUGAAAUCUCAUGAGAUCACAGUAAGAGUUCAUGACCACAGGACUGCUGAUGCUGAUUGGCUGCUUUUCAUUUCUUCCUUUUUUUUAUUUUUUACCUACAGCUGGGCAGUAACUGAAAGAUAACUUUUUACAGAGCACUUACUCUGGUGAGCUGAGAAAGUUGUAAGAGAUUCUCAGGUGAUAUUUUCCUGUCAGCUUUUUACAGCUAUGCUGCUUCACUUUCAAGUGAUUUAGCAUAUUAUUAUUAUGUCCCUUUAAAUUUUUUUAACUUAGGAGCUGUUUCACUCCAAAGAUUUUAUGUCAUAUUCUUUCCAUGCCGGCAGGUUUUUGAUCAUGGGGAAUGUCAGUGAAAAGAAAAAAAAACAGAAAAUAUGCUAAUUAAAGAGAUCUUAAAGAUUAUGUUCAAUUAUCAAUAUGGCUGCUGGCAGCAUAAUUCAACUUGUUUCAGAAUCGGAUAUAUCAGUAUAAAAGGAUUGGAUUUGCACACUGAUAUAUUGGUGCCAAAAUGAGUGGGUUCAUUUAUCUCCCACAUAUUAAUAAUAAAUACUAUAAUAUGUUUCUACUAAGAAAAAAAAAGUUUGUUUUUUAAUAGUUUUACCUUCAAGAAUGACCCCUUUUUAGUUAUUCUUGGAACUUAUCUCGGAGUGUAAAUACACCCUGAUGUGUGUACAUACUGUUCAUGCACUUAAAGGGACAGUCAAGUCCAAAAAAAAUCUUUCAUGAUUUAAAUGGGACAUGUAAUUUAAAACAACUUCCCAAUUUACUUGUAUCACCAUUUUUUCUUUGUUCUCUUGGUAUUCUUAGUUGAAAACUAAAAUUAGGAGGUUCAUAUGCUAAUUUCUUAGACCUUGAAGACUGCCUCUAAUCUGAAUGAAUUUUGACCACUAGUAGGCAUUAGUUCAUGUGUUUCAUAUAGAUAGCAUUGAGCUCACGCACGUUAAGUGACCUAGGAGUGAGCACUGAUUGGCUAAAAUGCAGGUCUGUCAAAAGAACUGAAAUAAGGGGGCAGUCAGCAGAAGCUUAGAUACAAGGUAAUUACAGAGGAAAAACGUGUAUUAUUAUAACUGUGUUGAUUAUACAAAACUGGGGAAUGAGUAAUAAAGGGAUUAUCUUUCUUUUUAAACAACAAAAAUUCUGGUGUUGACUCUCCCUUUAAGUGUGGCCACAUUCUGAGAUCUGCUCUGUCAGUCUUGGAUGUCAUAUAUAGAAGCAGACAAUUUUUUGUUCAUCUAUUAGUAGGUUGUUAAUAUUACUCUGGGGCCAAACAACCCCAUUUAUACUGGUAAUUGUACUUCCAUUCCAACUCAACCUAACCUAACCUACAAAACUUUAAUAACUACAGCAAUUUAUGUUAGUAUAAACAUUUGCCUAAAAAAAAAUGAAAUAUCUGCAUUGUGCCUUAUAUUGAAUAAUAUUUAUUCCAUUUCUAAUAAGUUUGACUUUGCAAAUUAACGUAUUUUUUAUUGUAUCGUCUACAAAUGUUGUAUAAUUAAGGGGUUGCAUUUGUGUUAAAAUUUAAUGAACUAAUCAUAAGUUCUCCACAAGGUGUAUACCCCAAAUGAUUUAUGCUAUGCUCAUGAAUACCCUAAAAAGAUAUUCAGAAAGUAUUCAUUAUUUCAGACAGUUGAUAAUUUACUGCCCUGACCAGUAUUUUUAGGGUUCAGGUCAAUCUAGAUAAUAAAAAAUAAAUAUAGUAAAAUGUAUUCUAAGAGUGUUGAAAUGUAAUUUCAAACAAAGGAUCAUUUGUAUUUAUAUUUGAGCUAUGCUGUAUAAUUAUUUAUGCAAAUUAGCACGGUUAGAGUUAAAAGGUUUAUACCUCUGUUUCUUCCAAAACUAAGGUUGUGUCAAUAAUUUGUCGAACCCAUCAGUGAUCCCAAAAAAAGGCAUUGAUAGUGUAAGACUUUACAUCAGUAUAUUAUUAUUUAAAAAAAAAAAAAAAGAUUUUAGACUGAAUAUAAACAAAUAUUAUUUUAAGGCCAAUAGUCACCCAACAGGCACACUUCAGACUAACAGACCUGUUAUAUCCAGUGAAUAUAUAAAUCAUAUAUUUAUUUUAAUUACAAAGACAGAAGAUAGAAAGCACUUGUUUUUUUUAUUAUGUUGGUACAUAUUUUUCAUUUUUGUUUAAACAAAUAUUUUGCAAUAUCCAUUCAUUUAGACUUCUCUACUUUAUUUUGUAGAGAAUUUAUUUACAUGUACAGUUAUUUUUUUUUAGUUUUUCUUUCUAUCAGGUGUACAUUGAGCAUUCAAAAUACACUAUUAGUGUUACAAGACUUGCCCAUAUAGGAAACUGGGUAAACAAAAUGGUGGUGUGAUCAGAGAGUGGAAAAACACGUUAUGUUUGUGAAUUAUCUGGAAACUCACUGUAUAUAAUCCAGCGUUUUACUGUCUUUUUAUAACAUUGGUAUUUUUUUAAAGUAUAUUUUCCCAAUACUUGUACUCUUCUUAUGCUGCAUGAAGUAUCUCUUAAGAAUGUUAAACAUUUUGUAAAUGUAAAUUGUGUAUUUCUUUUAAAUAGUCUCAAUUAUGUUUAAAUGUUUUUAUCAAAAAUAAUAAAAUUUUAAAUAAA